AUGGAUGUGACGGAGGGUAGCAGAACUUUUCUCCUUUCGCAAACGACGUGGAGAGCAUACAACAAAAAUAUGAGCAAGACGCAGUCUAUCUCUCCCAAGAUGUUCCUCGAGUUUGUACUCUUUUCUGAAUUCUCCACAAAUAGCCUCAUUGCUAUCGAGGGUAGCCAUGAUCAUGAACCAAGCACGUGUACAGUACCUCAUGCACGCCCAAAUUUUUCGAAUUGCCCGUGAAAGUAUGAAAAGUUUAGAAACCGAUGUACACGUUUUCACAUGACUUUUUUUUCCUUCCUACGAAAAGGUAACUGGCACACGAUUACGAAUUCAGCCACCUCAACCAGGCAGUGGUCAAUUUGCAACUUCAUCGUACGAAGGGUAGCUCAAUCAUGGGAGAUGACAGUGUCCCAGACGAAAACCGCAAGCUGGAAAAAAUUUUCGACGCUGUCGACAGGCGAACGGCUCAACAACAAAUCCUGCAUAACCACAUUUCUGAUGGUUUCAUGGCACUAGCCCGAGAGCGAUACGCAAAUCCUUCGUCAUCAGAAAGUAAGCAACUCGCAAACAUAGUCCAUGGAAUUGAGACCUCCUGUCAUCGAUGACGUCCUUGCUAAACACAGAAUGUCUUAUCGCCGUUUACUUCUCACUGCAAGGGCUGGGGCGGCUCAUCUACGAUAACAGGAAAGAUUUAAAGAGUAGCGUUCGGUUAGGUGUGGAGGAAGGCGAUAAAGAGGAGGCAGUGGUGAUUAUAACGCAGUUGGGGCAUGGGACGCAAGCAGAAGACUCGCGGCCGGUAGGGACUUCGACCGGGCAGGCUCUUAGGAGAAGAGCGACUGCAGGAGGGGAGACUACUGCUCAGGGGAGGGCGAAGAGCUCAAAAGAAGUGAAGCUGUUCGCCAGCGAUGUGAGGAACCAGUUCAUUGCGGUGCCCAGUCCAGAGGUUCGGGAGGCGAUCAAGUUUUUUCGUAUGGCGGUCGAUCAUGCGAUAGAGGUGGUUAAUGCCACGGGGCAGGUGGAUGUGAUGAUGCCGAGGACGACAUGAAUGAGGGUGAGGGGAUGCGACAAGCUCCUUCCGCUUUUCUUGGGGCGUGCGGUGUGCAUGAAAAGACAUCCCUCCACGUUUUUUUUGGUGAGAGGAUAUAAUUGGAAGCUGCCGAAUGGUAUUUUGGAGGCGACUGGUUAUAAUAAAUACAGAUGAACUCGGUGAAGGGGAGCAUGAAGUUAGGCGUGAUCAGUUUCAGACUGUUUUGUUGGACAGAGUCACCCAACCAUUCAAGCUGAGAGAUCUUCUUUUAGUAGAAGAUGUGAUAGGGAUGGUGAAGGGACUGUUCGGCUUUGCAGAUGAAGAUGACGUCUUCAGCUGCGCUGAGAGAGGAGUGGUGGACGUAAUUCUGUAGGAGAUGUACACGUGUGAACAGCACGUGUGAGUUUACAUUGAAGAACCUCAUACUGUAAUGCAAAAGGGAGCGACCGGGAGGUGUACGAAAUUAUCUUUACAUCAAAAUUCACGAAAAUAGUUCAGGUGUUUUUGGAGAGGAACUAUUCUGAAAUUAUCAAUAAUAUAUAUCAGUCAA